GAAUCCCCUGUCAUUCCUUCUAUUAUCACUCCUAUUAUUCAUCAUCGAAGUACCAUGAUUCAUGGAAAUUAGAUUAUUAUAGCUAAAGCAAGAGUAACACUAAUUGAAGAUAAGUGUGAGGAAACCGUUUAACAUGGUAAGUUUUUGUACAAUGUAGGUAACAGUGAAAAUAAUCAAGAGAAUUUAUAUAAGAGAGAGUAGGAAACGAAGAGGUAGAUUUAAAAAACGGACUGGAAAUAAUAAAAAGAGGAUAUAUAUUCAACAAGAAUUGAUGAAAAUUAUAAAAAUAAUUUGUGGAAACAUUCAUGUUAGUUUUCUCACAAAUACGUAUAACCAAGUCAAAACUUUUAAGAUGAAGAACUUAAAAUAACUUUUGAAAGUCAUUUUAAGUCAACUAUGCAAUUUUAUUUACGUCAGGUAUUUGGGCAAUCGUCUAGAUAGACGGGCAUAUAAGAAAUCUAAAUAGCUAAUAUAUUGUUGACAUGUAUAUUAGUAAAGAUAAGGUUAUGAGUGUAUUCCUAUGGUUGUGGAGUCUGUGGCUGUAUGCGAUGAUAAUAUAUAUGGAGAGUCUUGUGGAUGUGUGGGGUGUGUUACCAAGUGGACAAGUGGUGUUGUGUAUUUUACGUUUUUAUGUGAAUUUGUUAGUCUGGCUUUGUGUGUGGUUGAGCUCAACAGGUCAUACUCUACAAUUUAAAUUCUUCGAUUGCAGUGAUUUUGGCCUUAUGAUUUCCUAGUGGCUCUACUUUAUCUGCGCUCCUUCCACCUGCAUCCUUCUUCUUCGCAGAAAAUCAAGACGAAAUUAAGGAGAAUAAAAAUUUUGGGAAAUGGCGGCCGAGAUUGUUGUUCCAAUUGUUGCAGAGCAGGUGGUUCCUCCUGCUGCAAGUUGGAUUAAACGUCAAAUUGGUUAUGUGUUCAACUUCAAAAGAAAUGUUGAUAAUUUUAAUGAUCAACUCCAAAGACUGAAACUUCAGAGAGAGAGGAUCCAGCAUGAUGUUGAUGAUGCAACUAGGACAUAUCAAAGGCUGAUUGAAAGCGACGUUCAAGACUGGCUGAAGCGAGUGAACGCAAUUAAUGAGAAUGCAGAACCUUUUUUGAAGGAAACAGAGAGGGCAAAGAAGGGGUGUUUGUUUGGGUUUUGUCCUAAUGUGAAGGCAAGGUAUCGGCUUAGUAAGAAAUCUGUGGACUUAUCAAAGGAUGCAGCAGAUCUUCUGGCGACGCAGUUUCCAAGUGUUUCAUAUCGUCCUCCUCCACAAAGAAUAAGUUUUGCAACCAUCAAGGAUUAUGAGACCUUCGAAUCAAGAGCAUGGCAUUUGGAAGAAAUUAUGAAGGCCUUCAAAAAUCCUAAUGUCAACAUGAUUGGCGUUUGGGGUAUGGGUGGCGUGGGCAAAACCACUCUUGUGAAGAAAGCUGCUGAACAAGCCAAUGUAGACAGGAUUUUUGAUGUGGUGGUUUUAUCGGAGGUAUCUUUAAAUCAAGACUUGAGAAGGAUUCAAGGAGAAAUUGCGGAUGCCUUAGGCUUCAAAUUCGAGGUGGAGACAAUUUCUGGGAGAUCCAACCAAUUACGUGAACGUUUGCAGAAAGAAAAGAAAAUUCUAGUGAUUCUUGAUAAUAUUUGGGCAACGCUUGAUCUGGGAAAGUUGGGAAUACCUUACCACAAAGGAUGCAAAAUAUUGAUGACAUCUAGAUAUGAGGAUGUAUUAACCGAGAUUGGUAGUGAUAGUUCGAACAUCAAGGUUGAUACAUUAGAUGUUAGGGAGGCUUGGAAUUUAUUUGAGAAAAUGGCAGGGGAUGUCUUGAAAGUUCGCAAUUUGCUACCUAUUGCUAUUGAAAUAUCUAAACGAUGUGGAGGUUUACCAAUUUUGAUUAACACAGUUGCAAGAUCCCUAAGAAAUAGAAAGGAUUUACAUACUUGGAAAGUAGCCUUGGAACAAUUAGAAAAGUUUAAAAAUGCUGAAUUUGAUGCACGAGUGUAUUCAACUCUAGAAUUAAGUUACAAUCAUUUGAGUAGUAAUGACAUGAAAGAGUUGUUCUUGCUUUGUGGUCUACGGUUAAAUACUGAUUUUUCCAUUGAGGAUUUGUUGAACUACUGCAGGAUCCUUGAUUCUUUCGAAGACAAUGAUCAGCUGGAAGAUAGGAGAAACAAGUUGCAUAAAUUGGUUAGAGAUCUCAAAUCCGCAUGUUUGUUAUUAGAUGCUGAAAAAUCUGGUUACAUCAAAAUGCAUGAUGUGGUUUGCAAGUUUGCUGUGUCAUUUGCACGCCGAAAGCAUAAUAUUUUCAUUGAAGAAUAUGAUGCUGAAUUGGAAGAAUGGCCCAAAAAGAAUACAGUUGCAAAGUUCUCUUCCAUAUGUUUUCCUCACAAUUAUAUUCACAGACUACAAGAAGGAUGGGAAUGCGAAGAGCUAAAGUUAUUUAUUCUACAUUCCAAAAAUCGUGGUUUGGAGAUUCCUAGUUCAUUUUUCCAAGGGUUGGGAGGAAUUAUGGUCUUAGAUAUUAAGAAUAUCAUAAUUCCAUCUUUGCCUUCAUCCCUUUGUUAUCUAAAUAACCUUUACACUCUCUCUCUUGAGGAGUGUGAGUUGGAAGAUAUAGCCAUAAUUGGAAAUCUAGUUGGACUGGAAGUUCUUCGCAUUGUGAAUACAAACAUCUCCUGUUUGCCUGAGGAAAUAAGACAAUUGACUCGUCUGAAGUUGUUCAGUGUCAGCAGGUGUUAUAAUCUUGAAGUGAUUCCACCAAAUGUCAUUUCAUCGUGGACUCGAUUAGAAGAAUUGUCUAUGGAAGAAAGCUUUGCAAAUUGGCAGGCUGAAGGAGUUAAUCAUCAAAAUGCUUGCCUUGCUGAGUUGAAAACAUUAUCUAAGCUGGUCAGCUUAGAUAUUCACAUUCCAAAUUCUGAUAUUAUGCCAAAUGACUUGUUCUCAAACAAGUUAGAAAGAUUUAAAAUAUUAAUAGGAGAUGGUUGGGACUGGCAAUGGUCUAGCGAGUACGAAACCUCACAGAGGUUGAAACUCAAACUCUCCACAAGCAUUCAUUUGAAGCCUGAUAUUCAGGAAUUGUUGAAGAAAACUCAAGAUCUUUAUCUCGACGAAUUGGUUGAUGUUAACAGUGUUUUUGAGUUAGAUAGGGAGGGUUUUCCAGGAUUGAGAUGUUUGCAUGUCCAGAAUGGUCUCAACUUCCAAUACAUAGUAAACUCAAACACAAGGGCCCCUUGUCACAUUUUUCCUGACUUGGAGGUACUCUCUCUUGCAAACUUGAUGAACCUUAAGAUGAUUUGUCACGGCCAACUUGGAGUAGAGUCGUUUAAUAAAUUGAGAGUUGUGAAAGUGAGAAGAUGUGAAGAAAUCAAUGUGGAUGAACCCAUCUCACUUCUUAAUGGGAAGAUAAUGCUUCCCAACUUGGAGGAGUUACAUCUAUCUCAUAUUGGAGCUCAAAAAAUAUGGGACAACAGUCUUCUAGCAAUGCCACGUUGUUUUCAUACAUUGAGAACUUUGGAAUUGUCAGGCUGUGACAAAUUAAAGUUCUUAUUACCCGUUGAUGUGGUCACAAGUCUCAUGCAACUCGAAAGACUUACGGUACAAAACUGUAAUUUAAUGGAAGGGAUAAUAGAAGGAGUCGCAGGUCAGAUGAUCUUCCCCCAAUUACGUAGUCUGAGUCUUAUAAGUCUUCCGAAACUCAAAAGAUUCUGCACAGGAAAUUCUAUUGAAUUUCCAUCCUUGUCCUAUAUCUGGAUAGUCAAUUGCCCCGAAUUGAAGUCGUUCAUCUUUGAUGAAAAGGAAGUCAGCAAUGAUGACCUCCCACCUCCUCUCUUUGAUGAAAAGGUGAAACUCCCUACCAUUGAAACAUUACACAUCUGGUCCGUUAACCUGAAAAGAAUAUGGCACAAUGAACUCCCCCCAGAAUCCUUUUGCAAACUCGGUUAUCUUUGGCUGUUGGGCUGUGGAAAUGUAUUGCACAUUUUUCCGUCUAAUAUGCUGACAAGACUCCAGAACCUACGAAAAUUGAAGAUAGAAAAUUGCAAGUCAAUGGAUAUGAUAUUUGAUUUGGAAGGGUCAAAUGCUUUGGAGAUAAAUAUUACAAAGGCCCCCAUAUUCAGAAAACUAGAGUCCAUAACAAUAAGUUAUUGUCCAAGUGUGAGAUAUAUUUUUCCACUCUCUAUAGGCAGUGGACUUCAGGAACUUGAGGAGUUAGUUAUUAACUGCUGUAUGGCAGUUGAGAAAAUUGUUGCAAUGGAAGGGGGAGAUGCGGAUGUUAGGUUCGAGUUCCCAAAAGUCACUUCCCUGAAACUUCGACAACUACCAAAACUAAGAAGUUUCUACCCUGGAAUUCAUACCUCAGAAUGGCCACUGUUAAAGAAAUUGCAAGUUGUGGAAUGUGAUGAACUGAAAAUAAUUGCUUCUGAAUGUUGGAAUGUGGAAGAAGGAGCGCAACCACUUUUUUUGUAUGAAAAGGAGAUAUUCCCCAACCUUGAAGAUUUGUCAUUGAGUUGGAAUUACAUUAUGAAGCAGAUGUGGCAUGGAGAAUUUCAAUUUGAAAUGUUCUGCAGUUUAAAAUCCCUUGAGGUUUGGGAGUAUGAUGAUGAAUCUUUUCCACCAGGUUUCUUUAAGAAACUGCCAAAUUUGGAAGAACUUUGUGUAUCGCGUAGUACUUUGGAUGAGAUAUUCUCCAAUGGAGGAGUCAUUGGCGAGGCUGGAGAGCUCUCAACAUUUUGCAUUCUCAAAAUUCUGAGAUUGAGUUAUUGGGACAGAUUGAAAAUUCUGUUUCCGUCCUCACUGCUGUCAUUCUGCAAUUUGAUUGAACUGGAGAUAUCAUAUUGUGAUGGAUUGACUUACUUAAUGUCUUGCUCGACAGCUAAAACAAUGAUGCAGCUUGAGAAAUUGAAGGUAUUUGAAUGUAAAAUGAUGACGUCCAUUGUAGAAUGUGUAGGGGAAUGUGAGGCAGAGGAGGAUAUCAUUUUCCACCAACUGAAAGAACUAGAAAUUGAAUAUAUGCCAAACGUUUCAAGCUUCUGCGGCUCAGCGAAACAUGCAUUCAAAUUUCCAUCAUUGGACUAUGUAUUUGUGGAACGUUGCCCCAAUCUAAAAACUUUUUGCGAGGGGCCACUUUCCACUUUUAAGCUCCGGGGUCUCAGUGUAAUGGUACCAGUAUCUCCAUCAACACGGAUAUCUGAAGAGUAUUGGAAUGGCGACCUCAAUACUACCAUACAGACCUUGUAUAAAGGAAAGUAUCUCCAAGAAUAUGGAAAUAUGAGGAGCAUUGGAAUGGCGACCUCAAUGCUAGCAUAGAGACCUUGUAUAAAGAAAAGGAGCCGCGGAUCAGACCAGGGUCCGAUUAUAGUUCUUGUGGAUGCUGCACCUGAACGAGCCUAGGUGUUUUGAGAAUGAACACAGGCAUGUCCUGGCUUGUAUUUAGGACUUUGAAUUAAUGCUGUUAUUAGAAAGAGAAACUCUAGAGUUCAUAAAGGAAGGGAAAAAAAGAAAGAAUCUGAUGUGAGGUGAUUAUGCUACUUUGGGAUUUUUGUGGGUAUGUGUGUGUCAUUUUAUGGGUUUGUUUGGUAGAAUUGUUGGAUUGAUUUUCAAUGUCAACAAAAAAUUGUGGAAAAAAAAAUUGAGCUUAAAAUGUGGAAUAUGCCGUGAGGUAUUUGAUAUACUAAAA